AUGCACCCAACGAAUACCGCCGCAUGGCAGAUUGCCGAAAAGGCCAAGCCUCUUGAGGUCAGGCCCGCCGCCUACACCCCUCCCAAGGAAAAUGAGAUUGUUAUCAAGAAUAGCGCCAUCGGCCUAAACCCCGUCGACUGUCUUCGCCAGGAGCAGGGCGCCGCACUGUUCUCCUGGACCACCUAUCCCACCAUCAUGGGCACCGACGUGGCCGGUGAGGUCGUCGAGGUGGGCUCCGGCGCCGCAGCGGCACGCUUCAAGCCUGGCGACCGCGUACUGGGACUCGGUAGCGAGCUCAAGGACAACAAUCCCGCCGAGGGCGCUUUCCAACACUACACGGUCAUCCCGGCGCAGGUAGCGUCCCCGAUUCCCACGGACCUGUCGUACGAAAACGCCUCCGUCAUUCCGCUGGGCAUAUCGACGGCGAGUUGUGGGCUGUUUCAGAAGGAUUAUCUGGCGCUGCGGUUACCCACGAGUCCGCGGGCUACGUCGAGCGGCCAGCUCGUACUAAUUUGGAGCGGCUCGUCAAGCGUCGGCAGCAACGCUAUCCAGCUAGCUGCGGCGGCGGGCUACGAGGUCGUCACCACCGCGUCGGCGAAGAAUUUUGAGUACGUCAAAUCUCUCGGUGCUAGCCACGUCUUUGAUUACCGCAGUCCGACCCUCAUCGAGGAUAUCAGUAAGGUCUACGACGGCAAAACCGGAGUUGGUGCGCUGGCCAUCGGCACGGAGGCGGCAGGCCCUUGCUGCGAGAUCCUUUCCAAGGUCAACUCGCGCAGGUUUGUGUCCUUGACCAAUCCCCCAAGUGGUGCGUUGCCGGAGGGCAUCGAGUCCAAGUUCGUGUUUGGAGCCGCUGUGAAGGAUAAUGAGGUUGGACCGGCCAUCUUCGAGGCUUUCCUCCCCAAGGCGUUGGCAGCGGGUGAGUUCAAGUCUGCCCCGACUGCCGAGGUGGUGGGUAAGGGAUUGGGAUCGAUCCAGGAGGGACUCGAUCAGGUGAAGAAGGGUGCAUCAGCCAAGAAGUAUGUCAUCAGUCUGCAGUAG